AUCUUGUGACUCAAGCGCACAUCCACCUCUAAAACAUCUGAGAGGGGAUUUUUCUGUGGCUAAUUUCCCCCCCUCCUCUCAACAACCACCCCCUACCCCUAAUUUCUAUGGUCUUCUUGUAAAAGUCUAUACCCGGAGACAAAAGACACCUUUAAACAAGAAAACCUUCCAGUGAAAGAAGUCUCCGCAGCCAAUCUGAAUACUACUACUACAGAGACUAGUGAUUGUGAAUCGAUCGAAAUGUCUACUGAAGUCACAUCCUCUUCUGCGUCACUCCAAGAAACUGCAGCCGGUGCCAUGGGAGAACCUUAUGAUUCUGCUACAGAAGUAACGUCCUCUGAGCAGAUGGCUAUGGAGCCUUCUUCCACUACCUGCAGCAGUGAGAAAUCGGUCUGCGCUUUCUACCUUGAGGGAAAAUGUCGUUUCGGAGAGAACUGCUUCAACCUGCAUCCGAGAGGGGUCGUAAUGGAGGAGAAGAAGGGAUCUCCGAAAGAAGAAAGGAAGAAGAAAAACGGUAAAAAGAAGAAAACUCGUCUCGAGAGGGAGAGUGAAGAAGAAGAACAUGGUAAGAAGCCUUCCAUGAAGACAGCUGGGGACGUCAGAAAGAGAAUCCAGUGGGACUCCGAUCUCAGGAAGGAGCAUUUCGUGGUGGGCUACCUGGACCGAUUCGUGGGCGUUGUGGAGAAGCCUUUCACUGCAUUCACUUGGGAACAUUUAGCUACUGUAGACAUUGACCAGCUGGCCAUUCCCCAACACAGGAUCCAGUACUUCAAAUACAGAGGAGUUAAAGUCUGGGACAAGAAUGAAAGGCUGGACAAUGUCUUCGGCAGCACCGGAAGCAACAUCACUAUCCAGGAUGUGAUGCUGGAAGUUGACGAAGACGUCGAGGGGAGGCGACAGACCUACGACACUGACGAUUCUGAUUCCGACGACGAUGGCAUUGUCAUCUGCACAGGAGACACAGCUGCGAUCAAAGAAGCUGUUCAGGCUGAGAAACAAGAGUACGACCAACUCCGAGCUUCCCACUUCCUCUGCAUCAGACUCUAUAAUGAAGAGUUGAAGAACAUUGCACUGGAAGUUCAGGAGAACAUUAUAGAACAAGAGCCAGUGCUGAGGAGCUGUGCAAUGCCCACAGAACUCUUCCAUGUCACUCUGGCCAUGAUUCGCAUAGACGACCCAGAGGCCAUGACAGAGCUCAUUGAGCUCUUGCAGGCUCUUCGUCCAAAGCUUCAAGAACUGGUGGCUGAUCAGAAGCAGAACCAGAUCUUCGCCAAAGGUCUGUCAACCUUCGGGGCGAGGGUCCUUUACUGUAAGUUGGAGGUGCCCGAAGCCUUUUCCAAGAUGGUGGAGAUGCUCCACCGGUCUUUGGAGGAAAUCGAUGGAGUAGUCAUCACAAACCACUUCGACUUUAUUCCUCACAUGACUCUUAUGAAAGUGAACCGCGUCAUUGCUCGCGAGAGGAGAAGCAAAUACCUCAACUCCAUCCUCUACAGUGAUUACAUAGACAAGGAGUUUGGGUUCAUUCCCAUCAAUAACAUCAACCUGUGUAUCAUUGAUGACAGGAGAGGAUAUGACGGCUUCUACCUCACCUGUCAAAAAAUCCAGUUAUGAUUUAUUUUCCUUUCUGAGUGACAAAAGUACAAAGUUUGUUUGAUGCUGUGAUUAUCUUGCGUUGUUUACGUUUAUCACCUGUGUAAAAUUACCUUCUGUAAAUUAUUUUUUAUUAUUAUAGAAAUCUUGACUCUUUUCUAAUUGUUUUAUCUUCGGGAACCAUUCCCCGCACUCUAUGAUGUAAUCUUAUCGACGAUAUGUUAUCACUGUAGUGGGGAGGUGUUUAAACAGCUGUCUUAAUGAAUUCCAAGAUAAGAAAUUAUUCUUAUACUUGAUCAGUAUAAUUGCUCUCAAAGAAGAAUAUUGGUAUGGAAAGUCUUAAUCUUUAAUGGUAAUAAUUAUAUCUAGUUUCAAUUUUAAAUUAUAUUCCUCUAUGCAUAUUAGAGAUACUUAUGUUUUUAAAUAUAAUGAGCAUUAUCUUGUGAUUUCUCUCCUCAGGGACGAUAAUGAAAUUUGAAACAUUUUAAGAUAUAUUCUUAAUUAGUUUAUUGAUUCUUGAAUUUGUCUGUGAGAUUUAAUAUUGUUCCACAAUGAUGAAAGCGGAUUAGAUAUCUAUUUUUCUACACAAGAUGAACGUUGGUUGUGAAGUUAUUUUAGCUGCAUUGAUUUUUCUAAGUUGUUGUUGCUUCUUGUUGACUGACUAUGCACACUUGUUAUUUAUGAUUAUUUUCACUUUAUACACAUUUUUAUGAUUGCUUUCAAUGGUUUUUUCUGUUACUUAUGAAAUAAACAUUUAAAAAUUAA